AUGGUCUUCUACUCGCUGGUCCCGAAGAACGAGCCUGCUCCGAUUGGUCGAGGAGUUAAGAGGAACCUGGGAGUACCUUGCAGACAAGCUGAAUGUCUGGCCACCGGAAAAACAUACGACAACAGGGCGUUUGAGGAUAACGAGCUGAUGGCGGUGAUUGAGCAAAGCCCCAAUACAUCCGACACAAGGGCCCGACCCUCGACCAGCCCGGUCCCAACCCAAACAGACCCCUCUUCAGACGGGCUCCAAGAGGGGCCCCCGGCCCGGCCCACGCCUGAACACUCAGUCAUAGCAGAUACCUCUCUGGAGCCCAGCCAGGACACCCUGGUGGACACCUCUCUGGAUGAGGAGAAGGGGUGCACCCUAUCCCACCCCAGUAUCCAGCUGCAGUGUGUGGAGGACUGGAUCGCCGGGGGGCCCGAGUACCCCUCGUUCCCGGACGCCCUCCCUCCCCCGUCGCCCUCUCCCUACCGCUCGCCCUCGCCCUCCCCGCCCAGCCUGCGCGAGGAAGCCUUCCGUUCCUCCCUCACCCUCCGCACGGCCGAACUGUGCACCACGCCUGUCCGUCACAGCCUGAGCAUCUCCCACGGCAACAUGCCCCUCCUCCUCUCCCACUGCGUGUCUCUGGGCCUCACCACGGUCGCCGUCGACGUCCAUUUCUUCCCAGCGGCCAGUGCGGCGUCGGUGACGACGGCCGGCCAGCUGAACACCACCGCGCCGGCGACCGUCUCGCCCCAGGGGUCGCAAAUGAGCUCCCGAUUGGCUCACAGCCAGGAAAAUGACCUCCUAAUCUCCAGUAUGCGCCAGAGUAAGUAA